GCAGCUGAGCCAAUGGGAGACAGACAAUUCAGUCAGCAGAAGUCAGAAAUGCUGAAAAACCUGUACUGACAGUCAGGGCGAGUUCCCUUACACAAGACACAAGAUACAGACACUGAAACUGGCUCCCACUGUGGCGACGCUCAUGGAACACCUCAGAUCAUGCUCAUCAACGCAUUUCUAAUUUAGACACUUUCUAUUAAAUGACUUUAGACAUGGGGACUUACUCGGACCAGAGGGAAAGGUACAUGCAAAAUGGGCAUUCAGAAAACGGGAAGACCUCUGCUUUCCCUGACAUGGAGCUCCGGGAGGAAUGGCAGGAUGAGGAGUUCCCCAGACCUCUUCCUGAAGACACACAGAGUCCUGGAGAUGAAGAGGAAAGCCCUGGAACUGAGGGAAACAGGCCUGUCCCUCCAACUAGCCUGGCUCUUACUGGUAAUACCGUCAGGAAGAAACGACUAGUGGCGCCAACUCUUAGUUUAACACUGGACAAAACCUCUACUGACCGGAGCAUGAAAUCUGAUGAGUUUGAUGCUUCUGCCCUUUCACCAUCUCCUGAUGAUGACCUAGAGAUAGACAUUAACCUGGAGGCCUUAGAGACACCCUCAGACAGCGAGUCUUACAACUUUCCAGACAGCAUGCACGACUUAGAGUGGGAAGAUGAUCUUCCCAGGAUGGGCAAAGCAGCAAUCAGAAAAGCCAGUUUACUGGAGCACGCAGAGAUGGGACACCUGGACUUGGAUCAGGUGGACAGCAAUGGGCGACGAUGGAGACGAUUUCAUGUUGGCGGCCAAGACUACCAAGUCAACAUGAGCGUUCUGGAGCCAUACCUUCAGGUUCUUUCCCACGGAGGAUAUUUUGGGGACGGAUCGACAGCCAUCAUUAUGUUCACCUCCUGCUACCUUCCAGAAAAUACAACAGAACACUAUGAAUAUGUAAUGGACAAUCUCUUCAGGUACAUUAUUGGCACGUUGGACUUGAUGGUGUCUGAGAACUACAUAUUGGUGUAUUUGUGUGGAAUGGCCCCUCGCAAUAAGAUGCCUGGGAUUAAGUGGCUUCGACAGUGUUACAUGUCCAUCGACAGACGGUUAAGAAAAGACUUGAAAGGGCUUUUCGUGGUUCACCCAGCCUGGUACGUGAGAGCGUUAAUCACCGUCAUCAAACCCUUCAUCAGUGAGAAAUUCAGCAGGAAGAUGCGCUUCAUCCACAGCUUGCAGGAACUGGCAGAGUUUGUUCCUGUGGCCCAGCUGCAAAUCCCAGACUGCAUCAGACAGUAUGAUGAGCAGAUGAACAGGUGAAGGUUUGUGAUGGAAGGAGAGCAGAGGUGUACAUACUGUACAGACUUCACACUGGACUGGGGUGACUGACAUGCAUGUGAGAUUUGGAGCUGGCUGGGGUUAAAGGUCAAGCUUUAGGGCAAAUGCCCUAAUGACAGAAAAACAGCUUCCUGCCACACGGCUCUUUGAUGAAAUACAAAGACAGUGUUGUGCUUCAGAGAGACACAGCUGUGUCAUGCUGCAAGGUGGGUCAGGACAGUUCUGUUUGACGUCAUGGCUUUUAGACUGUUACACAAAAACAGACAAACUUGUUAUGUUUCGCAAACUGUAGAGAAUCACAUUAAUUGAUAAUAAUUAAUUUUCACAAAACUUAUUAUGUUUAGGCAUGAGAAAUACUUCUAUUUAAACAUUUCAUUUUUGCCUUACAGCGAACAUACCCAAAUUAGGAUAAAUAUUAGUUUGAAUAUUUGCACUAAAUGGAUCCAAAAUAUUGUACGUUAUCUGAAACCUGUAGAAACCAACAAAUGUAUAUGGUUCAAACUACUAUCUGGCUGUUUUUAUAAGUCUUGUAAAGUGGUACUGAUUUUAUUUUAUUGAAAUUGUUUUUAUAUAUUCUGUAAAAUGCAUUGUAGUUGAGGGUUUAAUCACGUGUGAAAGUUUUUAGCACAGAUGCAGCAAUGCUCAAACUUAUUGCAAAAUCAGAACGCUAUUAGAAACGGAGUGUGUAAUAUUGCUGUAAGAAGCCGCAUUGUUCAGUUUAUAUUUGUACAUACUUGUUGCAAAUAUAACCGUGCUUGGUUUUCUUCUGGAAUAUGGAAGGGAAAUGCUCUCUAAUAUUCAGCUGCUGCUGCCUGUAAAGUGGCCCAUUGAAUGUGCUCUCAUUUAAUAGACUCUUAUGUGCAAAUAUUUAUACAAGGCCACACCUGAACAACCUGAGCUUUCAAACUGCACAUACUACAUGUAUGUCUCGUCUAUGAUAUUUAAGGAAAUAAAGGGUUAUAUUAAAACACCUGCUGUGAUUUACUGUUGUGAUUUCACUGUUAAUUGUAAUGAGGAAAUAGUGGGAAGCGAAUUUUUUGUAUUUUUUGAGAGUCGCUAUGGAAAUAUUCCUUCACCUUUCAGGAAACCGGCUCUGGCAGAGGGAGGAAGUGAGGUAGCUGAGAGGUGAAACUUUUUUUUUUUUUUUUCCUCUGAAGUCACAAACAGGAACAGAGCGAGAACUACUGGAAGGUUAAAUAACAGAUUCCCGUUGUAACGCUUUAUGUGCCAGAUGUUGGGUAAUGCAAGUCAAUAAUGUUUAGUAAAAAUUAAAGUUCAUGUCUUGGAUUUGUCUAAGCAAAUAAUUCACUGAAUCGAUGCAUUAGUAUUCAAUGCAAAAAAAACACACUUUUUCUUAUAUUUUUCUUUUUUAAUCUAAUAUAUAUUUUAAAUCUUGAUUACAAAAAUAAACCAUUAUAUACUAAAACCCUAGCCAUUUCAACCCUGUUAAAAACUGAUAUUGUUUGCUGUGAAACAUUGUAUCCUAUCUUUUUAAUAAAAAUGUUGAAUUUCUGAAUAAGGAGGCAUGUUUAGUAAAUGUAAGCACCUGAAAGAUCUCAAAAGGUGUACACAAUCAGUCCCCCACAGUCUGCUUUACUGUUCUUCAAGCCAUUGUGAGAAAAAGGAAAUUAAAAUGCAAUGUGCUUUGUUAGGCUUGAGACCUAAACAAGCUUUGUGCCAAGGGUCCAUUGUUUUUGUGGGUGUCUUAUGCAAACUUUCACGCGGUGUUCCAUGAGCUGCUUUACUAAUGACUGUUACAGCAGAUGUUAAAACAUAAUUUAGGGAUCAGCUUUGAUUUCUUCGCUCUUAAAUUUAAAUCUUACAUUUGUACGAACAUGUAUGGCAAGGAAAACAAAACACCAAGUCCAUGAGCCCUCACUAAAUGCCCUUCAUAUAUUUACAGUAAUAAGAAAAUCCUGUUUAAAUCUAUAUUUAUUGGAUUAGUUAUGAGUGUUUGAAAACAAAUGUAAAGGCACCUGUACUCCUUUUUGCAGCCAAUAUGGAAGUCUGUUUCUGCCGUGGAGUAAAAAAAUUAAGGUAAUUGUGCCUUUUUCUUGCAAUUCUGAGAAAAUGACAAUUGUUAGAUGAAAAGUUGCAUUCUUUUGUUUUUUUCUCUCCGUGGCCGGAAGAAAAAAACAGAACUGCGAUAUGUAAACUCAGAAUUCAGAGGAAAAAAGUCUGAACUGCAAGAUGCAAACAAGGAAUUGGGAAGAAAAAAAAAAGCUGAAUUCGGAGUUUACAUCUUACAAGUGACUUUUUUUCUUCAGAAUUGAAUUAGAAAACUAGUUUUUAUUAAAGUCAUGCAGACACAAAGUAAAAUAAUGUCAUUUAAAAAUGCACUUAAAAAAAAUACACAUUAGAUAAUAUUACUUUGCAUAUCUCAAUAAAAACCCAACAGACUGCACUUUGUACAAUUGUAUUGUUACAAACCAAAGCACAAUAAAAACAUAACAUCAUGCCAUAUGAACAGAACAUUGUUACUGCUCACAUCUGAUCACAAAAUCAAUCUGUUGGACUAAUAGACUAAAAGAUGUUUAUAUAAAAGAAUAAAAGUAUUAAAGACAAAAAAAAAAA